UCACCUGCAUUCAAUCUCUGUAAAUCCUCCACCAUUUUUCCUCCUCCAACUUUUCUGGGUUCUCCAUGUUUCUCGCGGAUCCCCGACCCGAACCCACUUUCCAGAAGCAGAGAAUCCAAGUUUUACACAGAAAGAAGAAUCGGCAGUAAAAGCAGAAGAGGUUCGGGUGGGAUUGUGUUUGGUGUGGUGUUCCCGAUUGAUCCAUGGGCGCCCAGCAUUGACUCACAGAGCAUAGCUUCACAGCUGUUUGCAGCUUCCCUGUUUCCCUACCUGGGUUUCUUGUAGUUCAUCACCAAGUCAAAAUCUGCCCCAAAGCUCACCCUUUUUGGGUUCUACUUCUUGCUUGCUUUUGUGGGGGCCACCAUUCCUGCUGGAAUUUAUGCAAAGGUGAAUAACGGCACUUCAUUAGCGAAUGUCAAUUGGUUACAUAGCGGGGCUGAGGCAUUUCUCACUCUAACCAACAUAUUCAUCGUGUUGGGGUUGAGGGGAGCUCUCAGAAAAGCUGGAGAUGCAGAAGAAAGAACAUCAGCUCCUAUUCCCAGGUUGAAGGAGGAGAAGAAAACUUCUGUUUAGGUGCAGCAGCCGGCUCUCUCUGUGUUCAUUCACUGUAUGUAAAGUUGCAACACUUUUAGUGUUUUUUCUUUUUUGUGUAGAGUCUUGAAUAGUUGAAUUAUUGUCCAAUCUACAAUCAUAUAUAUUGCGGAUGUGCCUACAA